CGAAUAUAUUUUUUUUGGUGAAAAAGAGACCCGCGCGCGCGUAAUUUUUUUCUCUGUCUAUCAUCCACAUCCACAAUGUCGUCUGCGAUUGUUGUUUGUUUUCAUUUUUUUCACAUUCACCUAUCAUCAUUGAAAAAUUGAACAUUGAAUUUUCUUAAUAAAAACAAUUUGAUUGUAAUUGACAAUUAUUAUCCAAAAUCAGAAUUUUAUUCGUGAAGUGAGUGUGUAUGAAAGAGAGUACGUGUAGAGAUUGCUUAAUGAUUACAUCAGUGAAGAUCAUAUGGGCGUUCAUCAUCAUCAUCAGUGUUUUUGUUUUUAUUUGUGAAAAUCUAACAAACAUCUGAUUUUGUUUUUUUUUCAUUUCGAACGAUGGAUACAUCAUCGCAUGAUCCUGGUACGACCAUCUCAAUGGCUACCGAGUCGGCCACGCCCACUACCACCAAUGUAAUAUUGACAUCGAAUGAAUCAUCAUCACCACCAAUGAUUCCAGCAACAUCGACGACAACGACGACAGAAACGAUAUUGUCAACAAUGAAAUCUGAAACUUCAUCAGAAACGUUACCCCCAAAUACCGCUAAUAGUAGUAGUGGGAGUGGUGGUGGUGGUGGUGGAAGUAGUGAAAAACCUUUAGGGCUAUUAGCACGUGCAGCCAUCAUGAAACGUCAGAUGGAUAUGGAAAAAGAUAAUGAACAACAACAGCAACAACAAACAUCAAUAUCAUCAAAUUCCAGCGGUAAUGACGAAAAAACUGUCACAGUUGAACCAACAACCACUGUCACCAAAAAAGCCAAGAAAAGUUCAACGUCCAGUAAUGAUAAAAAGAGUUCAUCACCAUCAUCAUCAUCAUCCUCAUUAACUGCAACAAGUUCAUCAACAAUUGAAGCUGUUGCUACUUGCAAUCCUCAAUUUACGCUAAAACAAGUAUCGAAAUUUUCGGAUAAACGAUUAUUAUCAACAUUUGUUGAAUAUAAACGCGAUGUAAAAACAAAACGUUGUUCAUAUAGUUGUCAUUUAUUGCCCCAGCAAUGCCAACAACGUUUUGAAUCGGUAUUUGGCUCGGCCGAAGCUGAAAAAUCAAAAAAGGAUAUUGUUGAUCAUCUUCGACAACAUUUGUGCAAUCUUGAACAAACUAUGCCAAAUUUAAGGCUUAAUUCAUGCCGUAAAAUUCGAAAGACCGCUUUGGAUAAAAAAACAACAUCAGCAAAACAGAUUAAAAAGGAAACGGAAAAUGUUCAUGUUACAGUUUCGAUUGCGUCAACAACAGCAACGACAACAUCGACAUCAUGUUCACCAUUGACAACAACGAAGACGACAGUGGUUGCAGCCGAAAAUGAUAUCCUAAAACAAUCGAUAGCAAACGCUGAGAUUGAAGAGGAAAUCUUUGGUCUGAUGAAUGUUGAGAAUCACCAACAAAGACAACUUACCCAACAACAACAGCCUGGAUUAAUAGGAACUGCUACCGGAGCAGUUCAUCAUAUAUUGAAUACAUCAUUACCAAUAUCUACGUUUGUUGUUGCAACACAAGCAGCGAUGGCUGGUCAACCAUCACUAAUGCCGCAUCAUACAAUCGAGGAUGUAUCUCAAACGGUCGAAGUUUUUUCUUCAACAGAUCCGAUUGUUAUGGAUCAACAUCAAAAUCAGUCUCUAUCCGGAACAUUUUCAUCAGCGACAAUGACCACAGCUGCAACCACAGCGACUACAACAACGUUGAUGAAUGCGGCUGAUCCAUCAAUGCCAGCACAUCAACUUCGUGCAUUAGCAUUGGAUUAUAUUGAUGAUAUCAGAAAGAAAAGCUCAUCGGCAGCACGUUCUAUAAUUGUUAAUGGUGAUAAAUCGGUCAUAUAUCAGUGUAAAAUCUGUCCAGAUAAACAAUUUACCUCAACAAAUGGUUUGAUAUUUCAUUAUAAAAAACAUGCCGGCCUAAAGCCUUAUGUAUGCGAUCUUUGUUCGGCAACAUUUACUCGUCAACAUUCAUUAAAUUAUCAUAUGUUAAUACAUUUGAACAAAUCACGUUUUAUUUGUUCCGAAUGUUCACGCCAUUUUCGUCAUCCAUCACAUUUCAAAGAACAUAUGCGCCGUCAUACGGGUGAAACUCCAUUCCAAUGUAGCGAUUGUCUUAUCAAAUUCAAAACGCGAAACACCUACAAACGGCAUUUACAGACUAAACAUUCAAAAAUAUUAACAUCAAAAGGAAUCAUAGAAGUUACGCCUGGAUCACAACAGCAGCCGCCAUCUCAACAACAAAUGACAACAACAGUGCCUACGCCUAUAACAGCAACGACUGCAACGAAAAAAAUUCUUGCAACCAAAGGUGGAAGUGGAAAUAUUAUGACUGCUGCAUUAUCGACAACACCUAUGGCACAUACACAAUUGAUUGGACAAGUUGUAGCGAUUGGUCCAUCAACAUCAACAGUACCAAUUAUAGCAGGAACUAUGGCCACAACAUCGGCAUCAAAUACAACAUCGACAGCAAAACCACGAAGAAAAUAUGGCAUUAAAUAUUUACAUAAAAACAUUGAGACAAUGACCAAAUAUGAACAACAACAACAUCAACAGACAGCCACAUUAAUAGCGACAAAUCAUCCUGCCGCAUUGACAGCCAAUACGGCGGCAGCCAUACAUCAUCCACAGAAUCAAACAUUGACGGCCAUAACGGAUCCGACAACAAUAACCGGUACAUUAGGUGCAGCAGCAACGGCACAAACAGCGCCUGGAUCAAAUAUAACAAUUUUACGGAUGCCACAAUAUCCAUCUGUUCAUAUACUAGAUAACGGUGGUGGUACUACAGCAACGGCAAAUGCUGCAUUAGCUGCCACAAUGGCUGCAGCCAUACCAACCGGAACGGCGACAACGACGACGACAACAGCAAUAGCUCGAAAGACUACAUUGUUGAAUCGUUGUCAACAACAACAACAACCAUCACUAUCAACACAAUCAUUAUCAUCAUUACAACCACCACUACCGGGUCAACAACAACAACAACAACAGACAUUAACGUUGGUUACUGUGGGACCAAUAGGUAUCGAUUCUGAAGGUAAACCGAUAUUUCAGAUAACUGGUCAACCGAAUGCAACCACAACUGACCAUCUGACAGCAGCAUCGUUGAUACCAACAUUUACUACAAAUCAAGCGCAUGAAAUUCUACAUGAUCAACAAUCACAACAACAAAGUUUAACCGAAUUAACAUCGGCAAUACCAUUGACAGCGACAACCAUUGGUAGUCAUCAUCCACAUCAUCAUCAAUUAAUCUAUCAUAAUCAACCACAUCAAAUAUUAUCUAUACAUCCUCAACCUAUGACACCAUCGGUAACAUCAGCAACAGUAAUACCAACAACACAAUCAUCAUCAACAGCAACGAAUGAUAAUUUUAUGUGUCUAUUGGAAGCAAUCGAAAUGACCAAAGAUGAAGAAUAAAACAUUUUUUUAUUAUU